AAGAAUUUUCAUCAGUUGUCAAUCGAUUAUCUUAGUGAAGUGCCUGUGUAUUCAAAGAUUAUUUCCAUCUACACUGCGUAACUCUUUCUGCAAAUCAUCGCUAGGGGACGGCUAGCUACACUUAAUGCAUUUUCAUGAGUUCGUAGUUCACGGAGACAACACGAAAGUCGUACGCAUUCAUGACACACCGUUCGUGAAGAAAGACAGCUAUUCACUUUACGGCUUCAAUUCAUCACUGAUUUAAAUUGUGCAGUGACUUCCAAGUGAUAUUAACGGAAAGAAACGUGUAUUCCUCGUUAAAACAUAUAAUCGCAAAUUGCCUUUCAACAUAUCUACUACUUUCGAAUCAGUGUAUUACUAUAAUGGACGUCUACACGAUCGACGAAGUUGCCAGUCACAAUAAUGCCAAGGAUCUAUGGAUCGUGAUACACGGUGGAGUCUAUAAUAUCACCAAGUUCUACAAGGAACAUCCUGGCGGCGAGGAAGUGCUGCUGAAAUUAGCGGGGCAAGAUGCGACAGAAUGUUUUGAGGCCAUCGGUCAUAGUAAUGAGGCGAUUAUUUUACGUCAGAAUUUCAAAAUUGGAGAGAUAGGGAAGAGUGUAAGCUUCGAUAAUAAAAUAAAAACGACAAAUGCAGAAAUAAAAGAACCAGCGGAGGAAGAUUGGCAAUAUCAAGAACCAGACAAGGAACAAACGACGUUCUGGUCCUCGACAUUCAUGUGGUUCUCUUUCAUAAUUUAUGCUAUAAUAAUUUAUUAUUGGAUCAGAAAACUAGGAUUUAUGAGCGCAAUUUUUUAA